AUGGGACGCAGGAAAAUUGAAGUCCAAAAAAUUGAAGAUAAAAACAAGUGUGUGGCCACUUUUCGCAAACGUCGAGAUGGUUUAUUUAAGAAAGCACUUGAACUACAUCGUCUGACUGGCGCGGAAAUUACACUCAGUUUAGUAUACAACAAAUCAAGGUAUUACUUUAGCUCCCAUGGUGGUACAGAUGGUGGAGAAGAUGUAAUUAACACUUUUCACUACACUAAACAUUUUCAGUUCAAGGCAUGUGAAUCUCAUUUACCACAUAGUUGCAAUGAAACUAAUUGUUCAUCCAAGUUAUCAAAUAAUAAUCAUUCAAGUCCAAAAAAUGAAACAUCUAUUAAACGAAAUUCAUUCCCAUUGAUGAAUUCCACUAACAACUGUACAAAAUAUAAAUAUAAAAAUACAAAGUUAACUAGUGAAGAGAGAUUGGCUAAUAUACGAUAUUUAAUUGUUGAUGAGUUAUUUAAACAAGCGCUUAUACGAUUUCGUUCUUUAACCAAAGUAUCCAGUUUGAAUAAGAAACAGUCAAUAGUUAGUCCGUGUUAUAAUAGUAGUGGUAGUUGGACUAUGUUAAGUCCAUCAAGUAUUAUUCCUACUUAUGAAGUUUCAUCAUCUCAUCUGGUAGAUCAAUCAGUAAACAAUUUUAAUGAUGAAAAUAUUUUAUCGAUAGUUCAAACGCACAAAAAUUCACCAUUAUUUGAAUCCAAUUAUCCAUCAUUACAAUUUAUUUGUUCACCAAAUCAUUUAUCAUAUUCUUCAUCAAUUAAUACUAUAGAUCAACAAUUAUCAAAAGAAUUCAAUUCAAGUCCAUUAAGUCAAAUUUUAGAGUUUAUUGAUGAGAAUAUUAAUACUACUACUACUACUACCACUACUACUACUACUACUAAUACUACUGAUAAUAUCAGUCAUGACAAUGAUGAGUCUGAAGUAGACAACAACAACAAUAAAAAACAAUAUUUGGAUUUAGAUAGUCAUACUUCACAGCUAUCAUAUUUUACUGAAUUACAAACACCGAAUAUGAUUUGUUAUUUAGAUGAACCAGUCAAUGAUGAUUAUUAUUAUUAUUCAUUUAAAGAUCCCUAUCAUAACUCCUUAACUGAAGAGAACACAAAUUGAUUAUUAGUGAUUUUAUUGAUUUAUUGAUUGAUUUGUUUAUUAUUUUUUUCAUAGUUUUAAAGCAUGAGUCAAUUGAAGCUAG